AUGGCGAAGUCGACUUCGUUGACCAUUUUACAUGCGUUCAACGUAUGGGCCGCCAUCCAUUUGUUCGCAGAAAACGUCGGCUGGAUCUAUAUGGUAGAUGGCCCAUCCAUGGUCCCCACAAUGGGUGUAUCGGGAGAGAUGGUGAUCGAGAACAGAAUGAUUACGCCCAAACAUCUGUCCCGGGGCGACCUCGUCACCUUCACGUCACCCAUAGAUCCGGGGAGGGUUGUCUGCAAGCGUGUAAUUGGCUUACCCGGGGAUGUAAUAUGUGUCGAUCCCACAGGGGAGUACGCUCCUUCAACGGAGCAUGUUGUGAUUCCUAAGAACCACCUUUGGUUGAGCGGAGACAAUGCUCCCAUGUCAAGAGACUCGAGAUUGUACGGACCUGUACCUAUGCCAUUGGUCAAGGGAAAAUUAUUUGCCCGGGUCUACCCAUUUCGAGAUGCUACUAUCUUCCGCAGUAAUUUCCAUUACAUUGACUGA